AUGAAACUAGAGAAUAUUUAGAAAAAUUUAUAUAUGAUUAAAAAAGUCAAAUAGUAUUGGUCACUUGUAACUUUUACCACAAGAAGUGAAAUUUUUACGAGCAGUAAUUAUUCCUUAUGGUUUGCACCAGAAAAGAAAGAAAAUUUAAAGGAAAUUUAGCUGUAAAAAUUUAAUCUAAAAUAAAUAGAGGAAUACUUAAAAAAAUUUACAAUUUAGAGCAUUAAAAUGUUGAUUUUCGAAAUAUAUGAAUGGUAAACAUAAAUGUCAAAUCAAGGAGUAUUGGAUAUCAAUAUUUUUGAAAAAGGUUGGGAACAAUUAUUUGUAUAAUGUUUGAUUUUAACAAAGUUUAAUGGUGAAACACUUUUGAAUUAAAAAUAAAUAGAGAAUAUCUUAUCAUUUUUGAAGAAUAAUGAUUUUUUUACUUUUAAAAGUAAUGAUGCUUUAAGAAGUCUAAUGGUCAAAUUCUCAAAACUGUGGAGUCUUGAAAAGUAUGAAAAGAUGAUGAAGCAAAUAAAUUUAUAUGGUAUAAUAGAAACUCCAUAUAUGAUGGAAAUAAUAGUUUAAGUGUUGCCUAAAAUGAAGGUGAAAGCCUUUGGCAUAAUUAAUUCGAGAGUAAAUUUUUGA